AUGCUGCAGUGUUGGCCAGCUGUUUUGGUUCUUGGAUUCAUUCUGCUGAGGUCAGAAGGCAGGCCAACCAAGGAAUCUGGAUACAGCUUGAAGUCCUAUCAACCUCUAAUAAGAUUGCGACAUAAGCAGGAAAAAAACCAAGACAGUUCAAGAAUCAAAGGGUUUCUCAUUGAGGAUGACCCCUUCGGAUCUUGUGAAAAUAAGUACUGUGGUUUGGGAAGGCACUGUGUGGUCAGCAGAGUGACUGGCCAAGCCGAGUGCACCUGCAUGGACCUUUGCAAACGGCACUACAAGCCUGUGUGUGCCUCUGACGGAGAGUUCUAUGAAAACCACUGUGAAGUGCACCGAGCCGCUUGCCUGAAAAAGCAGAAGCUCACCAUUGUUCACAAUGAAGACUGCUUCUUUAAAGGUAGUAACUGCAAGACUACGGAAUAUAACAAGAUGAAAAGCAUGCUUUUAGACUUACAAAAUCAAAAAUACAUUACACAAGAAAAUGAAAAUCCUAAUAGCGAUGACGUGUCUCGGAAGAAGAUAUUGGUGGAUCACAUGUUUAAAUACUUUGAUGCAGACAGUAACGGACUUGUAGAUAUUAAUGAACUAACUCAGGUGAUAAAGCAAGAUGAACUUGGGAAAGAUGUUUUUGAUUGCACUUUGUAUGACCUGCUGAGAUUGGAUGACGUGAACAGUGACAAGCUCCUAGCUCUUGAGGAAUUCUACAGAGCAUUCCAGGUGAUCCAAUUGAAUCUGCCUGAGGACCAGAAGCUAAGCAUUACUGCGGCAACUGUGGGACAAAGUGCUGUCUUAAGCUGUGCCAUUCAGGGAUCUCUGAGGCCGCCCAUUGUCUGGAAGAGGAACAACAUUGCUCUGAAUAAUUUAGACUUGGAAGACAUCAACGACUUUGGAGAUGACGGGUCCUUGUAUAUCACGAAGGUUACCACUACCCACAUGGGCAACUACACGUGCUAUGCUCAAGGUUACGAGCAAGUCUACCAGACUCACAUCUUCCAGGUGAACGUUCCUCCUGUCAUCCGGGUUUAUCCAGAGAGCCAAGCUAGGGAACCUGGAGUAACUGCCAGCCUCAGGUGCCACGCAGAGGGCAUCCCCAACCCUCAGCUUGGCUGGCUCAAGAACGGAAUUGAUAUUACCCCAAAGCUGUCCAAGCAACUCACACUUCAAGCAAAUGGCAGCGAAGUUCACAUUAGCAACGUGCGCUAUGAAGACACCGGAGCGUACACUUGUAUUGCCAAGAAUGAGGCAGGCGUGGACGAAGACAUCUCCUCUCUUUUUGUGGAAGAUUCUGCUAGAAAGACGCUAGCUAACAUAUUAUGGCGAGAAGAAGGUCUGGGAAUUGGGAAUAUGUUCUAUGUUUUUUAUGAAGAUGGGAUCAAAGUGAUACAGCCCGUCGAAUGUGAAUUUCAGAGGCACAUUAAGCCGAGUGAAAAGCUCCUUGGAUUUCAGGAAGAAGUCUGUCCCAAAGCUGAGAAGGACGAAGUUCAGAGGUGUGUGUGGGCCUCAGCUGUGAAUGUGAAGGACAAGUUCAUUUAUGUGGCACAGCCUACUUUGGACAGAGUCCUCAUCGUUGACGUGCAGUCCCAAAAAGUCGUGCAGGCAGUGAGCACAGAUCCUGUUCCAGUUAAACUGCACUAUGACAAAUCGCACGACCAGGUCUGGGUGCUAAGCUGGGGCUCCAUGGAUAAGACUUCACCCACUCUGCAGGUGAUCACGCAGGCCAGCGGGAACGUGCCUCAUCACACCAUCCAUACUCAGCCAGUGGGAAAGCAGUUCGACAGAGUGGAUGAUUUCUUCAUUCCCACCACGACACUCAUUAUCACACAUGUGAGAUUUGGAUUUAUUCUUCAUAAAGAUGAGGCUGCAUUACAAAAAAUUGAUCUUGAAACCAUGUCCUACGUCAAGACAAUCAGCUUGAAGGACUACAAAUGUAUACCUCGAUCGCUGGCCUACACUCACCUGGGAGGAUACUACUUCAUCGAAUGCAAGCGUGACAGCACUGGGGCAGUGCCCCCACAGCUGGUGCUGGACAGUGUGACCGACUCAGUCCUUGGGUUCAAUCGGGAUGUCACAGGCACCCCCUACACCUCCCCGGACGGCCACUAUCUCGUCAGCGUUAGUGACGUGGGAGGUCUUGUGCGAGUGCAGUACAUCAGCAUCCGAGGAGAGAUACAGGAGGCGUUCGUCAUCCACACAAACCUGCACAUAUCUGACCUGGCCUUCCAGCCGUCCUUCACGGAGGCCCACCAGUACAACAUCUACGGCAGCUCGAGCACACAGACGGAUGUGCUGUUCGUGGAGCUCUCCUCUGGGAAGCUCAAGAUGAUCAAGAGCCUGAAGGAGCCUCUCCAAGCGCAGGACUGGCCUUGGAGCCGCAAGAACCGGCGCAUCCAGGACAGUGGCUUGUUCGGGCAAUACCUGAUGACGCCUUCCAAGGAUUCUCUCUUUAUCCUGGAUGGACGGCUGAAUAAGUUGAACUGUGAGAUCACCGAAGUGGAGAGAGGCAAUACAGUCGUCUGGGUUGGAGAGGCCUAG